CCCUUUUUCUAUAAAAGCUAACCUCAUCCCCUUUUCUCACCUUCUUUCCCACAACCCUUUUCACACUCGCUUCAAUUCUCUCCUCAUUUCCUUCUCAACAAUCCCCCCCUCUCUUUCUCCUCCAAAGUAUUUCCCAUUCUCUUCUUCAGUAGUUGCUUCCUUUAUCUCUCGAAAAAACUUGGCCUCUCAGAAUCAGAUCUGCUUCAGAUCUAGGGUUUUCCGGGCCCUUCUCUCUUUCCGAUUGGGUUUGAUUCUUUGCAUGAGAACAUAGGGUUUUUGAAAAAUACAAUGUUUUUCGAAAUUAUAUGACACACGCUAUCCCCAUGCGUCGAAUUCGCCUGCUGCACUCGUUCUCCGUCGUGUUUCUCUACUGGUUCUACGUUUUCUCAUGAACUUCCUCUCAAUUCCUUGACAUCCUCGUAGUAGUUCAUCGUUGUUUUUAUUGUUCCAAUAAUUAGAUCUGCAAGUGUUAUCUCCGUUAGUUUUUAUUUUCAAUUUGCUCUGUUUUUAAAUCAAUUCACCAAGGGAAAUCAAUGUCUUCCGUUCAACGUUCGGCGAGUUCGGGAUCCGAAGGCGGAGAUCCGCAAAUCGACGAGAGGAAGAGGAAGAGGAUGCUGUCUAACCGUGAAUCUGCGAGGCGAUCGCGGAUGAGGAAGCAGAAACAGCUGGAGGAUCUGACCGAUGAAGUCAGCAAAUUGCAAGGUUCGAACAAGAAGCUUGUAGAGAGCAUUAAGGCCAAGGAAGAAGCAUGCGUUGAGACCGAAGCUGCUAACAGCAUCCUUAGGGCUCAAACAAUGGAACUAACCGAUCGAUUGCGGUUUCUGAACUCUAUCCUUGAGAUUGCUGAAGAGGUCAGCGGGUUCUCCGUUGAGAUUCCAGAAAUUCCAGAUCCUCUUCUUAAACCGUGGCAGAUUCCUCAUCCAACUCAACCGAUUGUGGCGUCGGCGAACAUGUUUCUGCGUUGAUCCUUUCUUUGUUUUAGUGUUGAGUCGCUCUUGCUCUUGGUGGAUAUUAGUAGUUUAAUUAGGAUUAUUUAUUUUAGUAAUCUGUAUUAGUGUUUGUAAUAGUGAUGUCAUCUGUGUCUAAAUAAUGUGGCCUGCAAUGGCCUCUCGACUUAUUGGAGGGAUAUGAGAUGAAGGCUGUGCAUUACUGGCGUUGUCCCUUCUUGUGACUUGUAAGCAUUGUUAAUGUUGGAUGUUGCUUUCUGUUUAUAAAAGUAUUUGUCAUUAUUCUAAGCAUUGCAGGAAAGGAGUGCAAUGUUGCAGGCUUAUUUUCAGUAAUUAGUUUUUAAGUUUAUGUUUUUAAUGGAUGAUUAAGAGCGUGUUUGGAACACAUCAAUUUUUAAAGUGAUUUUUUUACCGUGGAAGUUCUGUAACUUCUAGUGAAGUUUGGACCAAUGUAUCUUAGUGUUUACGUGCAAGUUGACAAUUUAGUUUUUUUGUGUCUAACUUUUUUCCGGUUAACUUGUAAUUAUUUUGCGUAAUGAAGUUGAAGGGGAAAUUACUGUGAAAAAAA